CCCGCCCUGCCCAGCCCUAUAAAGCCACCACCAACCCCAGGGGACAGAACCCAGAGAGGACUGGACCUCGAGAGCUGCCAGAGUCACAGGUGCGUGGGAUCGGGGACAGGGACAGGCCAGGUGCUGCCUGGGAACAACGCCCAGGGCUGGGAACAGGGACAGGGACCAGCCAGGUCCUGCCCAGGAAGGAUUCCCAGGUUGUUCACUCUGGAUCCUCCUGAUGGCUGGGGUUGGCAGCAGGGGUGUCUUCCACCUGUGUCAUCCAUGUCACCCGUGUCCCCCUCUCCCUCCAGGCCCAGCCAUGUCCUGCGUGUCCAGAGCUGCUGUCAGAGGGGUCCGGGGUCCCCGGGGACCCCCUAAGCAGUCCCACCCCAUGGCAGUCCUGGCGGAGCCCGGGAACACGGUCGAGUCUGUCAUCGACCCCGACAUGGAGGCCCUGUUCCAGGACUUCCUGGGGAGAGAGGUGCCAAUGGUGGCCUCGGCGUCCCCGCGCCCCUUGGCCCAGCCGUACCACUACGUGCUGCGGGACUCGGAGCAGAAGGGGCUGUGCCUGCGGGAUGGGCACCUGGUGGCCACCAGCCUGCAGGGCGCCAAUGCUGCCCAGGAAGAGCCCAUCAGCGUCGUGCCCAACCGGCACCUGGAGCGCCGGCGCUGCCCCCUCAUCGUGGGCAUCCGCGGGGGCACCCGAGCCCUGUCCUGCGGCACCGGCCCCGAGCCUCGGCUGCACCUUGAGGACGUGGGGUUGCUGGAGCUGUUCUCACAGGAGGGGGAUGAGGCCAGGCCCUUCACCUUCUACAAGACCUUCGGGGGGUCCACGCACACCUUCGAGGCUGCAGCGUUCCCAGGGCUGUUCCUCAGCACAGCCCCUGGCCCAGGGGAGGCCCUGGCCAUGGCUCCCCCCCACGGGGCCACCGCCUUCUACCUGCGCCGAAAGUGACCCCGGCACCCACGGUGGGGGGGGAGCACCCAUGGUGGGGGACAUCCA